UUGCGCUAAAAUAUAUUUAAUUCGUUUCAAAAAUUUACCUAACGUGUAGUGCUAAGUCAGCUGAAUGUUUUACCUAUAAAAUAACGCUUCAAUUUUAGGCAAAAGCUCUGCAAAUCCGGUUACAAAAUAGGACGCGUUUGAGGCUGAGCCAAGUACAGCACAAAGCUUCAAACUAGAAAAACAAACAUGUCGGUCGCUUAUUCGCAGCAGCAACAGUCCCAGCAGCCGCCAAACCCGGGUAACCGAGGCGGACCGGGUGGGCCAAUGAACCGGGGCGGCGGGCCUCCGCCUAGCCCGAUGCAUAUUCAGAAGAUUUUAGACGAAAAUGCCGGUCUUAUUCAGACCAUCCAGGAGUUCCAGAAUGUGGGAAAAGCGCACGAGUGUAUGUCGUACCAUGUAGCGCUGCAUCGAAAUUUGGUGUAUUUGGCGAACUUGGCCGAUCCGCAGCAUAACAUUCAAGCGUUAUUGCCGCCCCCGCAUGUGCUUCAGCACGGUAAUGGACCCGCAAUGCACGGCGUUCCGCCGAGCAGCGGCGGACCGGGACAUGAAGGUGACCCUACGCACGGUGUACAGGCACAAACUCCUGGUCCCAACCAAGCUGCUGUUCCAGCUGGAACGCCGCAAGGUCCGGAGCAACCAGCAUCGUCGCAAGCCGGUGCUCAGCAGUCAAACCAACCACCCUCAAGUCAACCUCAUCCUCCGCCGAAUCAACCACCAACAGGAGGCUAUCGUGGAGGGCCACAGAUUCCACCACCAACAUCAACGGCAGCUCAAACUGCUCCAAAUCAAGGUCCACCGGUUCCAGGCCAACCUGGCAGGCCGGGAGUUCCACCUCAGCAGGCACCAAUGCCGCAGCAAGCGCAAGGAUAUCCGCCACAACGUGGUCCCUAUCAACAGCAUGGACACUAUCCCGGCUAUCCGCCACCAAAUCAACCCUAUCAAGGUCAACCAGGAUAUCCACCAUACGGGCCACCGAAUCCCGCUCAAGGUUAUCCACCAAACGCUCCACAAAGCUACCAUCACGGUCCUCCGACUACAUCUAAUUCUGGUCCUCCGCAAGGAUCACCCUAUUCAAGCGCAGGUCCACCACAGGGACCUCAGGGAGGACCGCAGCAAGGCAGCUAUCAACAAGGUCCUCCAAAUGCUCCAACAUCACAACCCCAAAUGUAUGGACCGCCCGGUCAAUAUCCACCACAAUCAGCGGCCGGUCCUCCGAUGCCACACGCUUAUCCUGGCUAUGGCAGUCCCAAUCCGCCAAAUGCUUAUGGACAGCCACCCUCGGGAUAUCCCCCAGCAAGCGGUCAACCGAGCUAUCCACCACCGCAACAAUAUCCUUCCAGUUAUCCAUCGAGCCAACCGGUUCCUCAUGGACCACCCACUACUUCUGCUCCAAGUCAACCACCGGCCGUUCCGGUCAGUGUUCCUUCCACUCAAACGAGUGGUGCCCCUACUUACACUAACCAAUCAAGCCCAGCUCCGGGACAAACAUCAUCCAGUCCAAACAAUCAACCACCCAUUCCUCCAACCACAUCUACCGGUUACGUUGCUGCUGUACCGCCCGGCUCAGUUCCUCCGCAAGCCUAUACAUCACCACCGGCUAACGCAGGCCAGCAUCCACCACAAGGCAGCUACCCGCAACCGCAGGGACCGGGACCGCAAGCUGGUGGUCCGCCCCCACAAUCGUACGCUGCUUCUCCUCCUUCCACUCAGCACCAGCAACCACCCGGCAGCUACCCGCAAGCCGCUCCCGGUGGACCUCAGGGUCAGGGUCCCCCGCCGGCACCGGUCUAUCCACCGCACGGUUACCAUCAGCAGGGUUAUUCGCCGAUACCGCCCCCGCAAGGUCAGUACCAACAGGCAGCCCAAGGCUAUCAAUAUCAGCGUCCGCCGAACAGCCAAAUGCCUCCACCCGGACCGCAAGGUCCUCCGCCGCAGGGCGCCUAUGGCUACGGCUACGGACAACCGCCGCAGUAAUCAGAUCGCAUCGUAAAAAAUUGGCGAAUCUCAAUUUUUUUUCAACUAACCAAUCCAGCAGCCGGCAAUGCGCGCGGAGGAGCGAACGACUCUUUUUUUCUGUAUUCUUUUUUGCUAUACUAAUGUUUUCUUCUCUAUUCUGCGUUUCAAAUCCUAGCAGGUAUUCUGAAUUACGAUUUCGAACCAUUCAAACACUGAAACCGCAUGAACAAGAGCGUUUGUUUUACUUUUCCCAUAAAGGAAAAGCAAAACAAGCUGUAUUGUUCGUACGGCCUACUGUGUUGGUCUACGAUCGAUCAGUCGAAAUUUAAAAUGCCGUCUGUUUUCAAAAUCGAUUGAAAUGCAGAAUAGUGAGGUAUUUUAUCAUUAUGAUAUACUUUUAACAGAUCCGCACAAUUACGGAUCACCGUUGCCGUAAACUGUAACUACACCCUAAGCUGUGGAUAUCAUUUCGAAAGUGUUUUAGUUAACGUAGAGCUUCAGGUCACGAUAUGAUUAUAUUACGUUGCGUUUUGCUGCCGUUUUGUAGACGUAGACGUUAACAUAAAAGGUUAAAAGAUUGUGUAAGAUGUGUAUUUUGGAACUAUAUCUAAAUAAAGUCAGUUCAACGCUGAAAAUGU